GAGGUUAUCAGGACUGGCCAGGAGACACCAAAACGACAAAAGAAAGGCCAGCCCGAUUGGUGGACCAUCAAGAGCAAAGACAUUCAUUAUAUAUGUGCCUCUCUUUCAGAUUCAUAAAACAAAAUCAAGUCUUCUUGAGCAUCUUCAUGCAUCCAGUGCUUCACUGAAAGUUAUUUCCACACCUGAGUUAAUGUUUCCUGCUAGAGUUGAAAGCAGUCUGUGGGAGCUGCGUUACUAGAAGUGGCUACAGCUAACCGACAGCAGGAUUGCAGAACAAAGGAUAGCUUGAUUAGCGGAACCAUUAAAAAUCAUUCAAAAGGAGAGAGGGUGGUUCACACCUGUAGAAUGAAGAGUUUAGAAGGAAUCGGGUAGAUUUUAAUGGCAUAUGAAUUCAAUUGAUGCUCUCUCUGCUGCCUGAACAGAAAAGCUGCUGCCACGGCCAGGCAGUUGGUUUUAAACUUUGGAUGGAGUAGGAAUCAAAGGGGGCAUGCACCAGUGGAUCCACCCCUAUACCUCGCUGUCAAUUACUUCUACACCUGAGUUAGUUACUACACUCAAGGACUUGCAGCAGCUGUGCAAGAUGCUGCCCAAUCCUGGCAUAUAUUAUUUCCCUUGGGAGAUAAGUUCUGGACCUGUCCGGGAUGGGGAAACACUGAGGACAUUUGGCAGGUUGCACUGCUAUGACCUGGCCCAGUCUGAAGCCGUCCUCACAGCCCAGUGCAACUCAGUCCAGCACCAGGUCCGUGUUUGCACCAAAUUUGUGGAACCAUUCCAAGCCCAGCUUGGGUCCCUGUACGUGGCCUUGGGAGACAUGGAACAGCGGGAUGGUGAAGGGCCCGUGCUGAAGGCUCGAGUCCUGACAUGUGUGGAAGGGAUGAAUCUGUCCAUGCUGGAGCAAGCCAUACGGGAGCAGAGGAAAUAUUUCCAAGACAGACAGGGGCAGGUGGAGAGCGGUGCCUCUUAGCAUCCUGCUAGUGCAAGGACUUGCUGCUGGGCUGGAUCCUAGCUUUAGGCAAUAUAUCUAAUCUAGCACCUGCCCUCUGUCCAUAAGGUCUUUUGUCAUGUAAGCAUCACAAGCUCCUCAUCUGAUUUUUUAAGUCACUGUCUCUUUCCAAUCUGCUGCAUGUUCUCAGAGCACCCAAAACUUGGACUUGCCUUUAGGGAUUUUGUUCCUCAGAAGGUUGCUUUUCCCUACCCCCUCUCCCAUUAUAUUCUCACCUCCAACCUUUUGUGGGUGACCAAAGUGGAGGAUAACUGUGGUUUAAGCUGCUUUGCCCCUCAGAUCUGCCAGUACAUUUCACACUGAACUGGAAAUGCUUUCUGCUCUUCCAGCCUUGGGCUCACAUGACUGUUACUGUAUCACAGCCCUGAUUCCCAGAACUCUUACUGUUCUGUUGUUAAGUUGGUCUAGAAAUAAGAUUGUAGAGAAAGAAAAACUGCCUUUCCAUUCAGGAGGCCAAAUGCAUUGUCACCCAAGAUCUGAAUUAGAAUUUGAGCCCAGGUCUUCAGGAAUAAGUGGCCGAUGCCCUGAGCCAUAAAUUGCAAAUACAGAGCUAACCUGUAUAAAGUCAUAGGUGAUGAUCUAUUUUUAGUGCAAUAGAAGCGUGCCUGAUACAUUCAAGAUGUACCUGGGGUAGCUCAUGUAUGUAUAGCAAAUUUGUAUCAGCAGAAAUUUUAGCUGUCAAAUAUAUAUCACAGAGCCAGGCAUACUCAUACACCAGAUGCUGCUGUGAGUUCACUGCUAUCAGGAUUCAAGUCCACUAGAUUAAAACUGACUCGGGUGUGCCUGUGUAUACUACAAACACCCCUCUGGACUGCAGUGUAGACAUAGCAUGAGAGAAGAGUGGUUAGUCCUUGCCUCUGAACAGCAGCCGGAGUCGCGCGCAUACCCGAGGAAAGAAUAUGCCCCAAUCCAUUCCAAAACACACGUUUGCAAUACCCUUGAGACAGAGUUUAACCAGUUGUUUGCCUCUAAAGAACUACAGUGGGAGAGAGUGGUAUGGGGGGAGAAAAGGGGGCUUUUCUUUAAAAAAAACCAAAUCUGGGGGUUUUUUUGUUAUUGUAUUUCUUAUGUUCUGGACUGAGAUUUUCAUAAAUAAAGAUGAAG